CUAAUCCAUCUCUCCUCCCCCACGACCAGAAAUCCUGUGGUUAAAAUAACACAGCCUCUAUUCAGAGCACAAACUUAGAGCUGCUAGCGGGAGCAGGCUCGGGAUUUAGACAACUCUCCGCAGAUGAAGCUGUUGAAAGGUCUCUCCCGGUUUUGUUUCCCAUCCUACUUUUGAUCCAUGCAAGGAAGACAGGGGCUCUCCUGCGUGCAAGCAAGUGAUGGGUCCUGCUGGAAAGAGCUUUCUGAUGGCGCAGCUGUGAGUGAAACCAGCACAAUAUGUUCAGUGUCGAGGACCUCCUGAUUUCUCAUGGAUACAAAUUGUCUAAAAACCCCCCUGCUUCAUACCAGAACAGAUACGAUGGAUACCGGCGUGAAACCGCGGGGAACAGGUCUGCUCGGAGACCGCUGAAUGGGUUCGAAGCAGACUUGAGAGCUUACAGCAAGAAGCCUUUGGUGAAAACCAACUCGAGCAGCACUGAGAGCAGCCAUGGGAGCCAAGGGAGGCGCGCGGGUCCUGGUUACCACCAUGACCUUCAGGGUUUGUCCACUUUUCAUACUUCAGAAGGGGGGGCUUAUGACAGGCCUCAACUAGCGUGGUCUUCCCAGCCCAAGGCUGACAAGGAUCUGGCCUACUGGCGGCGGCGAGGACAAGACUUCAGCGUGCUGCUGGGCUACUCCCAGAAAGGAGGCGCGGAAAUGCAAGGGCUGGCGGCAGCCCACGGGGUGCCCCGGCACCCCAAGGACACUCAGCUGAAGGCAGGGCUAGGCGCGGAGUACGUUAGGAGGGGUGGCCUGCCAGAGAACUGCGAGGCGCCCGGCGACUGCACAUGGCAAAGUUUGAGGGUGGAAAGCUGGAACCAGCCAAAAAAGGUAGGAAGGCAAAUGUCAGACGGUGACAGGGAGAAACUGCUCCAAGAGCUGUAUUCGCUGACCCUGCGAGAUGACGUGCUGAGUGCCCACAACAAGGGGAAAUCGCAGUCCUUGCCCAGAGUCCUGUCGCCGGAGAGCAUGAGAUGUGUGGAAAUGCCCUCCCUGACCAACAGCAACAACUCCCUCAGCGUAAGUAAGGCCCCCUCCUAUCCCCCAAGCAGGCCGGUUGUGGAAUCGGCCAAACACCACGAAACGGGGGGCCAUUUCCUGCCCCUGGUGAAACCCAAGUAUGGGAGGCCUCUGAUGCCUCCAUCCUAUGAACUGCAGCGACAGAGCAGGGCACCUGCGGAAACCGGUGGCUUUCAGGACCACUACCAGAAGGACGAACCCGUUCCCUACUUAGCCAAAGCACACGAGCCAAGGCAAGAUGCUUGCGUUCAAGACUCUGGUUUGGAGCCCCCGGUCUAUGUACCUCCCCCGUCUUACAAAUCCCCCCCCCACCAAGCCGUGACUCCACAUUCCCCCAGUGAAGUGCCUACCAAUGCCACGCAUGCCAGCAGCAGCCAGCGGGACGCUGCGGAGCGGGUUGUCGCCUGCCAACGACCGCCUGCGAAUAGUGUUGAAACGGGGGCCGACCCCUGCAAAGACAACCAUCUUCCUCACGGGAAGCAGAGCCAUCCGAGACGCCCCGCUGACUACCUGCGUUCUGUUCAGUAUAUUCCCUUUGACGAUCCUCGGAUACGGCAUAUUAAAAUUGCACCACCCGAAGGUCUGCAGGACAACACAAAAUACAGUGAAAAUGCACGUAGUCCCAGUUCUGGUACUUUGCAAGAGAGAGAUCUCGAAGUGCAGUACAACAGUGCCUUUUUGGAUGCAUCACACUCACCUGGUUCUGUAAAGGGAGAAAGAAAUUCUGACAGCUCCACUCACAGCGGCAGAUGGUUGGCACCAUCCAUCCGAGAUCAGGAAAAUUGUGCCUUGCUGGACCAAAGAGACAGUUGUAGCACAACUAAUCACAGCCCCCGUAACGAAGCCAGCACACAGUACACAAAAGGCAAACUUUCUCUAAGAAAUUCACAUAUGGACAGCACCUGUGAGACCGUUACAAAAGUGAAAAAGUUUGAACCUGGAACUGGGAUGCAGAGCAAAAAGAGUUCAAAGAAAAAAAUGAAUGAAACUAUAUUUUGUUUGGUCUCCAUCCCAGUUAAAUCAGAAUCAAAUCUGCCAGAUACAGAUAGGAACAACAACAUAACCCAGAGCUCUGAUAAGAAUGGGUUUGAUAACAAUGGGGCUUUGCAAGAACAAAGUCUCUUAAGUAUGUCUUCAACGGACUUGGAGUUACAAGCGCUUACAGGAAGCAUGACCAAUAAAAAUGAGUUACAAAAACAAGAGCUGUGGAGACCAGAAGAGUUCAAACAAAUGAAUGACCUCAGAUUUAUUCAGCCUGCAAAACACAGAGAGCUCAAAUACUCUGGCUCCUGGCCAGGUGAUCAGUACAAAGACCAGCAGACACAGACCAGUUUUGCCGAAGAACCUAAGAGCCCACAGAUUUGCCAUGGUACAAAGCCUGGGCAGCCCAAUAGUACCAAACUGCUGUCUCCAAAGCAACUCGGAUGUACAGCAUCCACGACAGGGUCAAAACAGACAGGGUCGCCUUCUGACGAGAGAGGCUGCAGGCAGAGCGCUUACGGCAUGAAGGGUCAGACGUACCUCAGCCAGUCCAGCAACAGCGCGUUUUCCAGGACUGCCACCUCCGUCCUGCAGGCCUCCUCGCCAAAGGGCCACCAGAGCCAGCCCGUGCCUGCCCAGGAGAGGGAAAACGGCCUUCUUCCCAGGGGCGAUGUGGUUAAGGGAGAAGCGGGCGCUCCCUGCAAUAGUAAAGAGCUGUUUGGGCAGUUCCUUCUGAAGCCCGUAAGUCGCCGUCCCUGGGAUGCAAUAAGCGAGCUAGAGAGUUUUAACAAGGAGCUGCAAGGGCAGGAGGAGAGCACGAGCAGUGAAGAAGACUUGGAAAGUGCUUCUCCGCAGGCACAUGCCCUUCCGCAGAGAAGGGCGUCCAGAAAUGAGAACCAGGAGCCAAAACGUGGUGGGAGGUUGGAAACGGUUGUGCCAGAGGUGCCUGUGUUUAAGUCAGGAAGAGUUAAAAGCAAGUCUGAAAGUUGGAGCGUGGGGACCGAGCAUGGUGGCGAGCCGGGCUGCGUUGGCUCUCAACGCUCUUCGCAGCCAGGAGGGAGCAGUGAAGGAGUCAGGCCAGCAGAUGGAAGCCUGAUAACAGAAAUGAGGGCAGAGGAAGCCAAGAACAGAGCAAACAAACAGCCCGUUCGCGCGGGACCUAUCAAGAGAUUCUUGUCCAGCAGCCCAAGCAGUUCCUAUCAUGGUAAUCCUUUCAAUAAUCCUGUUUUACAGGAGAUGAGCGAAGACCAAAAUUACUUAGACUUUGUUAAACUCAGCAAAGGGGCAGCUCCUCAAAAUGAUCCAGUAUUAGAGAGAGGCUCAGUGGUACGCUUGUCCUUAACUAAGAGGAACCACGGGCGCUCUGAGCCAGAUUUGAGGUCUGUGGGACUUGAUGUAGCCCCAGGACCUGGUGCUAACAAUUCUGAUCACUCUUCAAAUGCAAAUGCAGUGGAAAUCCCUGUGAAUGAGUCCUUGCAGGCAAGAGCUGCAAGAAUUUUAGGCAUAGAGAUAGCAGUGGAGUCUCUCCUUCCAGAUGACCACGUUGGGCCCCAUCCAGGCGCGAGCCCUGCAAAUGGUGCCCAGGACCUCGAGUCAUCAACGGAGAGCACAGUAAGUGGCAAAGAAGGAAAAAAAGAUGAUUCUUAUGAAGGCAGGCGUAAGUGUGGCUGGACAGAGAGCGCUCUCUUUGUUGGAGAGAGGAACCGAUCGUUAUACCUUGAUGAAUGCCAGGCCACUCACCGUGAAGGCAGCACUAAAACGUUGGUAAAGGAGCAAGCGUUUGAACAACCUGCGAGUCCCAGCCAAGGUGAAGACCAAAACUCGGUGCCCAAAUCAGCCGUGUAUCAGCAUUCAGAAAAGAGAGUGAGAAGUACCUCAAAAGUGAUCGAGACGCUCCAAGGCAAGCUGACGUCUCCCCCGAGCCGGACUGCCAUGGACCGCUUGGUGCGCAUGAAAGAAGUUGACUCCGUGUCCCGGAUGAGACGUCUGAGCAUUAAAAGUGCAGACUCAGGAGAGGAGGUGGACGAGGAGAAGCUGUUGAGGGCACAAGAGGAGAGAGGAAGCAAAGUGGCAAACUCAGGAGCUGUGUCCAAGCGUGUUAUCUCCCUCAGCGAAAAUGGAUAUUUAGCUGGAAUGGACAAGAAGAAGACGGACAGAGAUUUUUCUUUAGGUAAGACCCUAUUAUUGGAGAUCCAAGUGGGUACUGUUUCCUUAUGUAACGGGCACCAUCACUUUGCCUAUGCCCACGUAAUGACGCUCAAAUAGUAACAGGCUGUAGGUGGUACUAUCCCCAUCUGGUUGUCACCCCCUGUGCUCUCCUUGUGGAAGAGGUAACGAGCGAUCCUAUUUUAGGACAAGUUACUGUAAAGCUAACUUGUGACACUGAAACUCAUUCACAGAGACUGGAGCGUUCCCUGCGGUCUGCUCUCUGUCUAAUUGUUUCAGGGAACUGCCAGCUUCAAACAGCGGAGUUCAAAGACAGUCACUCUUGUGCCAGUGCUUGGGAACACGUGGUGAUCUAGUCGUAGCCUCUCCUUGAAUACGCAUUUUUUCCCUCUCUGAUACUUAAGUAGACACAUACUAUAUCAGAGUUCAAGAGAAACUAAAAAUAAAAAUCUGAUGUUCUUCCGUGAAGCCUCUGGGAAAAGGCUGCAUUAAGGGGCCUGGAAAAUUCUCUCUCUCAUGAAUAUUUUCCAGAUCAUAUGUUGAGAAUAACUGUUACUCCCAGGUCAAAUGGAAAGUUGUCUUUUUCAGUGAACACCUUUUUUUUCUUUUUUUUGGUGUUCCUCAUCUCUCAAGAGCACAUAAACUUGUGUAGUCCAUAUGCAUCCCCAAAGCAACAUGAGCUGUUCUCUCUCCAAAACGGUUUUCAUAUGGCAUUGCGUUGAGCAACUGAAAAUCACUCAUUGCCGUAGAUCUGCAUAAAGGGAUAAAUGUCCCAGGCCACCUGUCUGCUACACGAAAUGAAUUGGAGUGAACAAAUGUAUGGUGCAAAAAUUGUUCAAUUACUAUUAAUCUCCUCCUCCCUUUUUCCAUCCCGUCUGCAACAGCUGACAUUCUGCCUUGAAAUUUGCACAGGUUGUUCAUUAAACCUCAUCGAUGUAAAUCUGUUCACAGUUUUCCAGUACAGAGGGACUGAAACUAAACUGAGCGUACUUCAAAGUCGAAGUAUUUCUUUCUUUCUGCCAAAAAAAAAUAUGUUUUUAUGAGUUCUGAGCAUUGACUCCUGCAGUCUUGCAGCCUUUUCCUGUGUCUUUCUCUUUAUCCCACAGCUCUGCAUCUCUUUCUGCUCUGAACUGUAUUCUCUAGACCCGAUUUUCCAAGUGGGUUAAUUCAGCUUCCUCGUACCCAUCAGGUCGAGUACGCCCCACACGCCUCUCCUGUGCUUUCCUCCCUUGGGGUUUCUGCCAGAGUGAAGAAAAUAACUGUUGUGGUGACAUGACUUCAGGGAUGUAUCAAAACAGAUUGUGUGUGUUUUACUGGAGCCUUGUACUCGGAGUUAUUCUGCAGUAAAUUAGGUCUAAUUUUAUCCUCCUUGCUGACAAUGCCAGGCUUGUAUGCUGCAGUGUGUUCCCAUUGCAGCAGUUCCCUCGCAGCUGCAACAGCCUUCCCUGCCUCUGGCCAGCGUGGAUGGCCCUUCCUGCUGCACCCACCCCGUGCUGCAGGAUAACACGUGGGGUGGGAAGCCAUCCCAUCCACGGAGACCCUGGUUUGCUGAGAGCCACGAGAUACUCGUCUUACCUUAGUGAGGCAGGACUGAAGAUUUCUGUGCAGAAGGGCCUGAUGUUUGUCUUGUCUGUUAACUCCUGCUCCAUCUUCCAAGCUAGCUCGCUGGUACCAGUGAAAGCCAAAAUGAGAACUAAGCCUGGAAAAGCAUUGUAUUUGUUGCUUUCAAGGAGUUUGGAGUGAGAUAGGGUGAUGUUAGUCUUAUAAUUGCAGACUGGGCCCACCUUAGAGGCUACAGGUCUUAGAAGAAGCAGGCUUUCACAUGUAUAAUGCAGCUGGGCAGCUGAACAGUCAUCUUGGUGUAAGAGCUCUCCUGAAACUCAGUGCAAGAAGCUGAUCUUACUGUGCAAAUACUGGCCUUAGAAAAACAUCUCCCAGUGUUCCCAAAUGCACUGGAUGUCUUUUCUCCUUUGCUGUUUGAAGACUGCUUCUGUGAGUCUAAUCAUCUGGCUUCGUUUCUGUAGAGAGUAUUUCAAGUUAGCUUAACCAAAUGUCGAAUAAAUGUUUGUGCAUCAGUGCAGGAAUUCCAAUAUUUGCCCCUCAGAUACAGUCUGAGGCAGCCAAGAGUCUUCCUGGCAGUCUGGGCCUUUUGUGUCUUUGGUUUAGAUGCUGAAGAUCUGGGUAAGCUAUCAGGGAAUAAACUGGGCCCUGCAGAACUUCCAUGUCUUGUGGCCUGAUUUCUUCUCCCCAAAACAGGGAGCACCUCCAAGUUGUGGUGAGCUCUCACAGUGUGAAUGUGCGUGAAAACUGGGCCGUGGAGGCCUUAGGAAAAUCAGAUUUCUGAAAUGUGAAUCCAUUUUUAUUCUUAGGUCAACCUCAUGCAGAGUAGUUGAGAAUUUGUGUAUGUUCUUGUGGGUUAGGUGGGAAAAAACAUUUGCAACUGAAAAAGUAUCGCUGCUUUGGAGACAUCUUCUCACACCAUCAAUGCUUUAAGCUUAGAAAGAUGCAGCAUUGUCCUGGAGCGCACUAGCUCUCGUACACUAUUUUUCCCUUGAGUUUUUUUCCAUUCAUGUGGUGUCUGUCCUUGAAGUCUGGAAAUACCAGAAGAGGCUGAAUAGUGAUAAGCAGUUUGGAAAACAUAGGUACCGCUGGCACAGGCUCCUGUCUUAGCUGGCCUAGCAAUUUGAGGAGAGUAGGCAAGAAAAACAAUACCCAGAAGUUCCUUCUUAGCCAGUCCCCCCUUGGUACGGGUCUGGAUGCUGCAGAUGGACACUUGCACGUAGAAGUAGAAAUCUCCCUCUGAGGAUUUUUAUGCCUGUUUGAAUGAAGACGUUCACUCACAUCAACAUAAGAGUCUCCGGGGUGAACGUUUUACUCUUGAAGUGUGAUAUUUGUGCGUGCAACUCUUUUCACGCUCAACUGUUUAAAUGCAAGUGCUAUGGGAGCACAGCCUGCGGGAGGGACUUUUAAGGUUAGCACAGACACCCGAUUACAUAAACGCAGCGGGUGGCAGCUCCAGUUUGUCCAGACCCUGUGUGCAUCGAGACUCCUCCGCAGGUAGCCCUGCUUCCUCCGCUCCAUGGCUGCACCUAGGGUAAGUCAGACGUCUGCAGGGCAGGCACAUCUCACAAGGAGAAGCCCCUUGGUUGCUAUCCUUUCCAAAAUCACAAGGAUGCAGGAGAGGGCUCAUGUCUGCUCAGUGCAUGGCCAUCGUCUGGAUAAACCCGAUAAAAAAGUCUGAUAGAAGAGCGUCGCUGGGGAUUCAGAGAAGAAAUGCAAAGUGAGGUCUGUCCUGUGACCUGACAAGAGGUAGGCUAUAAGCGAAGAGCAGUGUUAGUAAGCCAGUUCUCACUUCAGUGAGUAACGUUCAAACCGUGAGCUGCGGUUGUGCAGACUGAAGCGGGUCGGUCUGACCGCAGGGAUGUAACAGCAGUGCUUUCUGGUAUGCCACUGAAUGAAUCUUGGGCUGGGGACCUACAAUCAAAUGAAAAGACCCCGAUGACUGAGCUGUAUCACUUCAACCAGCCUUAAACACCCUGCUAGGGAGCGUGCAGCAUUUCCCUGUCCUUAGUGUUCAAUACAAGGGGAGCAAAUCUUAUGUCUUUCCCUCUCAAAGCAUCUGAAAAAAAGAUGUAAUAAUUUAGCGGUCAGUGAGCUUGCUCCUACCUACCCAAGGCUUCCCAAGUUUUAUCUUGAUGCAUUUGAUCUGAGUUGCUCCCAGGUUACACCGGUGUAAGUACAGAAUCUGGGUCAGGAAUGUAGAAUGGAUCUUUAGGGCUAUCAGCCCAGUUUUAGCUUCAUUUUUAUAUAAAAAUCAGGAAAAAGAUGAUGUAUUUCCAUGGCUUGCUGCAUCUAUCAGUGUUAAAUAAGUUUCACAGUACCU